AUGAGUAAAAACAAUGUACUUUUAAGCUUUAUUGCUAUAAGAAAUGGCUUUUACUCUGAAGUCAGCAUUGGGAUCACAGCCAACACCUUCCAUCUACUUUUCCACGUCCUCUGGUUCUUUCUCAAGCACAGGCCCAGGCCCACCGAUCUGGCCAUUGGGCACUUGACCCUCAUCCACCUGGUGAUGCUGAUCACCGUAGGGGUCAUAGCCGCAGACAUUUUUGAGUCUCAGGAGUUAUGGGACGACAUCACGUGUAAAGCUGUCAUCUACUCAUACCAGGUGAUGCGGGGUCUCUCCCUGGGCACCACCUGCCUGCUGAGCGUCCUCCAGGCCAUCACCCUCAGCCCCAGGAGCUCCUGUUUGGCAAAGUUCAAGCAGACAACCUCACAGCACAACAUGUGUGGUUUUGUCUUCCUAUGGGUCUUCAAUCUGUCCAUCAACGCUCAUUUCUUAAUCUCCACUGUUGCCACCACAAAUCGUACAUCCAGCAGUCUUAUGUUUGUCACUAAAUCCUGCUCUCUUUGGCCCCAGAGGUACUUACCCAGACUCACAUUUCACAUCUUGGGGAUCUUCAGGGAUGUCUCCCUUACAGGGCUCAUGGCCCUCUCAAGUGGGUACAUGGUGACUCUCCUGUGCAGGCACAAGAGGCAGUCCCAGCACCUUCACCGCACCAGCCUCUCUCCACGAGCCUCCCCAGAGCACAGGGCCACCCGCACCAUCCUGCUGCUCAUGAGCAUCUUUGUGCUCCUGUACUUGAUGGACUGCAUGGUGGCUUCCUUCUCAGGCAUGUGGUGGAAGAGUGACCCAGUGCGCCUGUGCGUCCACAUGUUGGUGGGCAAUGGCUAUGCCACAAUUUGUCCUUUGGUACUAAUCAGUAGUGAAAAACGAAUGAUCACGUUUUUCAAAUUUAUGUGGCAUAAGGAGAGUAAGUGUUCAAUUGGUUGUUAA